AUGGCACCAAAGAAACAACGCUCAAACAAUAAGAGAAAACGUGUGGAUGAAGAUGCCGAGGAGAAGAAAUCCAAAAGAUUCACUGUCAAGUUUCGUGAUAUGUUGAAGAACUUUAUGGACAAACAUCAGAACGAAACAAAAACAACAAACCUUACCAAUUUUGCUAAAGAACACGGAUUUACUUUUUCCCAGGUAAAACAUAAUUGGUACGAUGUUAUAGUUCCGGCAUUAAGGGAUGAACAAAAAAACGUGGACAAAGCUGCAGAAGGUACACAAGAUGACGAACGCUUUGAAGAGGAGUCAGACUUUGAGGAAGAUAAAGAACCUCCAGUAUUUAAAAGUCCAAUCAAAGCGUCCAAAGUUGUUGAGCAAUCUGAGGUAUCCUAUUUGAAGCCGUUUAGAUUUGAGACUCACAAACAACGUUUCUUUGUGUUCCGCUAUCCAAACGAUCACCUACUGUUCGAAUUUAAAGGUGUUUCCACCACUGAAAGAACGUUCACAAUUACUGUGACAGUUCGUGCAUUGUUUACAACGGAAAACUUGGAAUACUGUUUUUCUUCUUUUUUCGACCUAGCUGGACUAACAGAGAACACACAACAUUCGUUAGAAACAUUCUCAAUAACAGAAUAUCAUCUCCCGAAAGAUGUUGACCUAAAAUCUGUACAGUAUGGAGAAAAUUUCGAUCCUAAUAUUGGUUCUGUUUUUGUGGUAGUUUUCGAUAAAAAGGUCAGUACUUUUAUUCCUGUCAAAGAGGCCUCGUGGAGCAUUCCAAAACAACCAAGGAUAGGUAAUACCUCAAAACAAACCAACAAGACUAGUGUAAGUCAAGGUUUUGCACAAAGUUACAAUAACUCGUCUGCUCCAACACAUAACGCAACACAACAUGAAGAGGAAGAAUCUGAAGUUGAACAAGAAGCGAGUGAACAAGAAGAACAAGAAUAA